UCAGCUUAUGCUUCUCUGUUCCCCACAGAUUUUAUGGGCAAUUCAACAUUUUUUUCACAUUGAUUGAUAAAUUACUGUCAGUUUGUUCUGAAGCAAACUUGAAAUUAUAACUUGGAUUUCGUUGCUAACACUUUAGCAUACUGCUCAGUGGUUGCUUUGAAGAUAUAGCUGCUAUUGUGUUUUUUUUUUUUCACUUUAGCUAUUUGUAAACGUUGGAAAUCUGACAGCUCUUUUAUUUUUAUAUGCUCUAGAUCAUUAAAGACUGUAACAAAUGGAAACAUGAAGGAGAUGCAUAAAUUGUAUGUAUUACUAACAAGUUGAAUUUUCUUUGCCCAACAGUGAAAUUACUGUUGGAGACUGGUUCAGGGUGUAGGAGUCAAUAAUCACUAUGAAACAUGUUUAGUAGUUCCAUCUUGUUAGGGUGUAGGCUUAGAUUUCGUUGAAGGUUGAAUACCUCAUUAUCCAAGCAUCUUUAGUUAGAUACAUGCAUAAAGGUAAGUCACCAUUUAAAGCAUUGCACUUGUGCCUUCUGCUUGCCAAUGUACUAUUGAGUGUUCAUCCAGGUUUUGGGGUAGAAUUGACCAUAGAGAUUGAUGAUUGUUGUGGAUCGGUGAUUCUGGAACAUUAAUAAUAUACAAAUCAGUCCAUCCUGGGGUUUUUACCCAUGGAUAGACUAAUAAUUUCAGAUAAUUGCAUGGUCUUAUAUGCUAUACUCAAAGAAGAGUGCAGUAUAAUGCAGUUGGAGAGUGGGUAGCUGCUGUAAGUUGGAGGAUGUGUGGAUUAGAGUUCUUGGAAACAUGGGGUUGUUGUCCCCAUGAUUUCUGACACACUUCACCACUUGUCACUCCCACCUCCAUUGCACCCCUUAAAACACUUCACCAUUGUCAGGAAAAGGUCUGCUCUUCUGCUGGCUUCCUUGGAAAUGCCCGCAGUGUUUGUCCUGCUGAGUAGGACUGAUUGGACCAGCGGUCAGACCCCUCCUUAAGUUGUAUCUGCAACCAAUCCAUCCUCUGAAACUUUCCUGAGGAUUUGGACAACCUACGUACCAGUUAUCAGAAUGAAAAAUCAGUAUAAUAAAAGGGGCAUUGAUUACUCUUCAGUGAUCCAAACACCAUAGUUUAGAUUCUUACUGGCCCUUGUCAUGAACCUGUUUGAAUGCCAGGAAGACAUACUUGCUCCUCGAGAGGUCUUUGGUUUGUUGCAUCCUUCCUGUGUCACCAGGUCUUAUAUAGGGCAUGAUAGGUUGUAAUUGAUAACAAUAUCAAAGAACUUUUGUCACUUGGACAGCCAUGUUGUUGUCUCAUAUUGUUCAUAAAUGUUGUCCACAUGCAUAGGCUUCCUUCAGCACCUUGUUGCCUUUCUGAAGGGUGUGGGGGAAGGAGCAUUUCUGUGUCAAUGAAUACGGUGAGAUUUGAUGUUAGGGUACCUGUGUAAGAAGGCAGACCAGGAAAAGUGCAGAUGAGAAGGGAGCAUUGACAACAUCUCUGGGGAUGGCAUAUGCUUACUUUCUGAGCCAUUAGUAUAAUUGUCUCAGAGGUGAGACCAUUUGUUCUCGUUCCCUUCCGGGGGCAACUGUCUUAAAUGAUGUUCUUUCUUGGCCUCCUGCUCUCUGUGAAAUGCAAGUAGAUAUGCUAAAGAAGUGGUGUUCACAUAUUGAGUAUGGAGGCUUUCCAACUAGUGGCAAUUCACAGUAGUGGUCCAUGGUUUAUCAUGAAGACAGAUCUGUGAGACAUCUGCCUAGUUCAUAUCAAGGUUUUGAAUGCUGAGGCAAUUGGGUUGGUGUGACAUUUCUUCUUUGGUGUCACAAAGUUUGGUAAGUGGAACCUGCACAUGACCUAAAGGAAAUUGCCUAAACAAGAUGAACUUAAUGCUAAUUAAAAAUAAUGACUUGCAAUUGCUUCACUUCUCCUCUUGGGGAGAGGGGUUACAAAUUUCCUACUUGUCCUAGUGUUUAGGAAGGCAAUCUUUUGGUUCUGGGGCGAGCCAUCAACUGCUUUGAUGGUGAACCAAUCAAAGAGAGGCAGACAGAGAAAUCUUAUGAUGCAGGCCCCUUCUGUACAUGGUAGGACCAUAUCUCUUCUCUUGCUGUGUAUUUACUAUUAUUGCAUUGCCUUUUUCUUUUUUUGUGUAUCAGAAGUUCUAUAUCUUCUAAAUAUUUCUCCUGCUCAAGGAAAAAGAUGUUUGGAUUUUUUUGCCAAUCUAUCCUUCCACCCUCAUCUGGUUCAAGGGUAGUUUUACCAUGUCUUCCUUAUUGGUUCUUUGUUCCUCUUGGGAAACUCAGCAUCAAUAUCGACCUACCUGCUCUUAUGUGCUAUGAAUGAACUGUAACUACCCUGGUCCUUUCACUUCAAGUUCACAGACACCACCAGAAGAUGUAUCUGUUUGUAUGUGCAUGUUCAUUCAUCAUGUCAAUGUUCUCAAUGAAACCAAUUCCCAUUGCAGUUGAUGAAAUGGUACUCAUCCUAGUGCUUUCUGCAAAUAAGUAUUGGUCAUCAUCCAAGUCAGAAUGCAGGCCUUUGGCACUGAUUUGUCCAAGAGGUUGGAAGCCAGAGAGCAGACAGUAUAUGAGGUCAUAGGAUUCAAUUCCUUGAGAUGGUUUCUGCAUUAAACACUUACUGAUUUAUCCGAAGUGAAGAUUUUGAACAGUAAAAGGAAAAAAAAAAAAAAAGGCUCACUGUUACAAGAUCUCCUACCUCUCCUUACUUUGGAUGUUAAGAAAAGUUGGGAACAAAAGAAAGCUCUUCUCAUUUAUCUAAAAGAGAAGCAGUGGUGAUGCCUGAUGAGAGCCCUAACUUUUCAGUCCUUUUCCCUACAUCUUCUACUACAUCAUAACAAAUUAGUACUAUUUAUGAAUCCCUCCCUUACAUUUCAACAACUUCUAUUCCCUACUUAUGGACUUCUUUUCAGGUACCUCGAUACUGUGCAGCUGACAAGAACAGGAAGCCUCCCUUGUCGACUUAUCCCAUCAACAAAUCCUUCUCUGAUUCGAGCUUAGUACCACCCAACUAAACUUGCUUCAAGAAGGGAACUUCCCUUUCAAAUUAUUAUGUGCAGCAAUUAAUACAUCAUAGAGUGGGCACCAGCAAAGUUCUAAGGAAUGAUGCAUCAACAUCUUCACUGUAAGUUGGAUAGUUCUGUCACAGAGUUGGAUGACAGUCACAGUGCAAUCGCAAUCUGCUUGCCUUGGUCCAUGUAUCUGUAUCAUGAACAUGCCUAGAUUAGCAGUUCAGAUCGCUUUUUGAUUAAUUACAAUUCCGAGUAUUAGUAUCCUUGUACUAUUGUAGUACAUAAAUUUGCAAAACUACAAAAUAUGAAAUGCUAGGAAAGACACACAAAAAAGGUACUGAUGAAUUACAUUGUCUGUUUAGAAAUAUGACAAACUAUUUUGGGUGUCCGAAUCAUUGGGAAAACUGACUCGAAUACUUAAUUUUCAUUUGGUAUCUGUUCUCGAUCCAGUUGCAGGGAGGGAAGCACAUUCUAUCUCUAUAUUCUCCUUUUUGUUCCCAGAGUGUGGAGUUAAUUGUAGACAUCCUACACUCUUCAAACACUUCCUGUGUUGAGUGUGGACAAAGCCAUGUGACCUCAUCUUCUUCAGACAUUCAAAUGGGGCCUAUCCGUUAAUUGUGCAUUCAAUGGGUGAGACAUCUCACUUGGUUGCUUCAAUUGGAGGGGAAGAUACCUAUGAGAUGAUUAAUCGUGCAUGGAGUAUAUAUGAAGCAAUUCAGAUGCUGAGUGGAACAACAUCCAAUGCUUGUUCUUCUGAUCUUUUAGUGAAAAGAGAAGCAAAAACAUACCAAUAAGUUUCUUCUCUCUUUCAGUUCCAGCUGCUUUUUUAUCCUUCUAGGUUGCUAUGCAGGUGGAUACAUUCACCGGAGGAACCUCACUGCGUCAGAAGUGAGCAUGCUUAGUAAGAACAGUGAUGUUAAAGAAGACAGAUGAAAUUUGUUGACUGGUACUUUAGAGAGAGAACUUUUGGGUGGGAGGUUUGUUUAACUCGAAGCUGUUCUCCAUAACUCUGCAUCUUCUGGCCACUGUAUCGUUGACCGCGAAGCACAUUGGUUCACUUCACUGCUGUUCAGUCUGAGAGAGUACAUUCCUGCCGCUGCUCCAUUCAAUAAACCAAACUCCAGCUGUGUCACUUAAUCCUACAGAUUGAGAUGUGGUGUCGGAGAAAAGAAGCUAAAACCCUUGAAAUGGAUUGACCUUUCUUCUGAGGUGGGGAAGAAAGUGAGCGGUGGUGCCACAGGUCAUGUGAGUGCAGGCGGGUACAUCCUUGUUGUGGAAACCUGUAGGCCCUUGUGUGUUCUCUUUUGGAUGUUGUCUUCUUGGCACCAUGCAGAACUGGGUGUCGAUGAGAGACCUGAAGCUUUCCACUCACCUGCACCAUGUUUGUCAAGUCUCAGUUGGUUCUCUUUGUCUCUCACCCAAAAAUUGGAACAGACAAUGGCCGCCCUCGGGAAGAACCACUUGCUGUUUGUGAGUUAAACGAACUGCUUCACCGGAUAGCUCAGGAAGAUGGAAGGGUUUGGUCGUGAAAGAAGCCUCAGUGGCGAGAGUAGCAAGCAAUGUUUCCGCUGGAUUCUUAAUUUCUAAGUGGCACUGGUUGAUGAAGAGAGAGAGAGAGAGAGAUGUGAUAUCUAUCAGAGAUGUUUCCCUCAGAAAAUUCAGUGAUGUUGAGCUCUACACUGGUCAAGGUUGGAAGGUAGCAGCCAUUCAUUAAAUUAGACUGAGAAGGUACAGGGGAGAGAAAGAGAGAGAGAGAGAGAUGAGAAGACACCCACACGUGUGGACCUGAGCCUGGUUCUUCUGGGGAGGAUGUUGAAGCAGUGAAAGCGUGACAAAUGGGCCUGUCAAGCUGGUGAAUGGUGGGGAGAAGCUGAUUGGGUUUCUGUUUCUAGUUCUUCUGUUCCCCCCACCCGCUGCCACCACCUCUGUCUCUCUUCAUGACCUACGCUUUAUUUCCCCCAUUUCCCUUGUUGUCGGAGUGACCCUGCAACUUUCUGCCGGAGGUGAAGGCAUGGCCAGUAGAUAUUAUGCGGACUCUUCUCCUUCUUCCUCAGCAAAAGGAGUUCCUUCUCAAACAGACUCUCUCUCCUUCAACACAGCCUCUUCAGUGGAGAGACAUCACUGCGGCUGUUGUACCUUACCUUUCAUGGAGAGUUGCCUCAGCUUGCAGGAAAACGCUCAGCAGAACAGCGAGGUCAGUCAUGAUAAGUAUUUACUUGGAGAGAACACGACUGUUGGGAGCGGCGCUGCCGAAAGUGGACAGUCGAAGUCCUGUGCCAGAGGCCAUUGGAGGCCAGCUGAGGACUCCAAGCUCAAAGAACUGGUGGAACUCUACGGUCCCCAGAACUGGAACCUCAUAGCAGAAAAGCUGGAGGGCAGAUCAGGUAAGAGUUGCAGAUUGAGAUGGUUCAACCAGUUGGAUCCGAGGAUCAACAGAAGGCCUUUCACCGAAGAGGAAGAGGAGAAGCUGAUGACCGCUCACAGAUUGUAUGGUAACAAAUGGGCCAUGAUCGCGAGGCUUUUCCCUGGUAGAACCGACAAUGCGGUGAAGAACCACUGGCAUGUCAUCAUGGCGAGGAAGUAUAGGGAGCAAUCCUUCGCCUGUCGGAGGAGAAAGCUAAGCCAAGCUGUCCACCGGAGAUUUGAGGAAGUUGCUGCGGCAGGCGCAACAGCCGCCCGUGGCUUUAGCAGCAGUCAUUCUUCGCCUUCCUUCCCUUCUCUUACUCCUCUUGAUUCCUUCUCUGCUAACAAGGCUGAUGAGAAGGGUGAUAUGCAAAGUGCUGAGCCCUUCAUGGUGUUUGGACAGCAUUCUCCCCUCAGCUUGUCAAUGCAACAAUCAACCCACUUAUCCCAUGUUUCUGCCAAUGAGACACCAUUUGAAGAGAACUCAGAGAGCAGCCACCUUGAUGCUGCAGCCUCACCAACUUUCAUAGAUUUCCUUGGAGUAGGAGCCACAUGAGUUGUGAGGUGAAAGGAUCAAAACAAAGGCAGGCAGAAGAACAAUGCAAAAGGACUAGUUAGAAAAGCUGGGUGCCAAGAGAAUAGAGAGACCAAGAUGCCAGCACAGAGAAGAAGAUACCAUUGUUGUUUGAGUUAAGGGGACAAAUUUUGCUUGGCCAUUUAACCUCUCAGUUUAUGUGAUUUAAACAUCCAAAGCCAGGGUAGAAUAUUUGUAUUUUAGUAGGUAAAAUUAGUUCCAGUCAAGUCUACUAAUUGGCUAAACUUGUGUUUAUUCUGGUUGGAGACUCAAUUUAACAUUUUUCUCCAAGAAAAUGGGAGAGAGUUCAUAAUCCACAAAAUAUUUGCACA